GCGGGCAGCCAUGCUGAAGCCGGGCGACGCAAGCGGCUCGGCCUUCUUGAAGGUGGACCCGUCCUACCUGCAGCACUGGCAGCAGCUCUUCCCUCAGUCGCAGCUGAAGACUCCUCUGGCCCCGCCGCCGCCUCCGCCUGACCGCCUCUCCAUCCCCAUGGACAGCCUGCGCCCAUCCCGCCUGCACAGCCACCUCCUGGCCUCCACACACUGCCCCUCCUCGUCUUCAUCCACAUCCUCCUCCUCUGCUUCAUCAGCAGCAGCAGCAGCAGCAGCAGCUCUAACCCCAUCCUCCUCAAUCUCCAUCUCCACCUCGGCAGGGAUCUCCCAGCUGCCCGUCCCCCAGCAGAUCGCACUCUUUGGCCAAGCGUUGGCCCCGGUGUGUGGCGGGCCUGGAGGACCAGGGGGAGGAGGAGGAGGAGGAGGAGAUCUGAUGGUGGUUGUGCCCCCGGAGAACCAGCAUGGUCACAACCCAGCAGCGGGGCUUCUCCAUCAGGCCAAAGAGCAGAGCUGUGGGGGGGUCGGCGUGGUGUCCUCCAGCAUGAAGAGCAGCGGAGGAGGAGGAGGAGAGGAGGGUGGCAAAGCAGCGUCGUCCAGGUUCAAGCUGACGUCGGAGGAGCUGGACUACUACCUGUACGGACAGCAGAGGAUGGAGAUCAUCCCACUGAGCAAUCACACGGGAGAGGUCAACAAUCGUUGUGACAUGUGUGCAGAUAACAGGAACGGCGAGUGUCCGAUGCACGGUCCUCUUCACUCUCUGCGUCGACUUGUCGGCACCAGCAGCACGGCAGCUCCUGUCACCCUGCCGGAUGUCCCUGAUUGGCUCAGAGAUCUGCCCAGAGAGGUGUGUCUCUGCACCAGUACAGUUCCUGGUCUGGGUUACGGGAUCUGUGCAUCUCAGAGGAUCCCUCAAGGAACCUGGAUCGGCCCGUUUCAGGGAGUCCCUCUGGUGCUGGACAAACUGCAUUCUGGAGCGGUCAGAAACAGCAGACACCUGUGGGAGAUCUAUGAUGCAGAGGGGACGUUACAGCACUUUAUUGAUGGUAAUGAUCCCAGUAAGUCCAGUUGGAUGAGGUACAUCCGCUGUGCCAGACACUGUGGGGAGCAGAACAUGAUGGUUGUACAGUACAGGUCCUGUAUCUUUUACAGAGCAUGUAUGGAUAUCCCCAGAGGAACAGAGCUGCUGGUUUGGUACAAUGACUCCUACACUUCCUUCUUUGGGAUACCGCUGCAGUGCAUUGCUCAGGACGAAAACUUAAACGUUCCAACCACGGUGAUGGAAGCAAUGACUAGACAGGAAUCACUCCAAUCCUUCAGCAAAAACGGCAAACCCUCGUCUUCCUCCUCUUCCACUGCCUCCACCACUCUCAUGCGCUCCAUGGUCUUCCCCCAUUCUCCCUGCCCUAGAAAUUUCUCCCUGUUGGACAAGGUUGGGGUUGGGAUUCAGUCGGACUCCAGUUUCAGCCAGUUGGGUUCAAAGAACCAACGAGUCCUGGCGAGCCCGACCUCCACCAGCCAGCUAAGCAGUGACUUCAGCGACUGGCACCUGUGGAAGUGUGGCCAGUGCUUUAAAACGUUCACCCAGAGGAUUCUGCUGCAGAUGCACGUCUGUCCACAGAAUCCAGACAGACCAUACCAGUGUGGCCACUGCUCCCAGUCCUUCUCCCAGCCAUCAGAUUUGAGGAACCACGUGGUGACGCACUCGAGUGACCGACCCUUCAAAUGUGGCUACUGCGGCCGCGCGUUUGCUGGUGCCACAACGCUCAACAACCACAUCCGCACGCACACCGGGGAGAAGCCGUUCAAGUGUGAGCGUUGUGACCGCAGCUUCACACAGGCCACUCAGCUCAGCCGCCACCAGCGACUUCCCAACGAGUGUAAACCGGUGAAUGAGAGCAGCGAGUCCAUUGAGGUGGAUUAACCCCCCCCCCCCCACCGACUGUGUCCCGACUGAGACCACAUCCACAUUAAGUCAGCUAAAUAUGGAAAAGCUUAUUUUUCUUUUUGAUUUGGCUCUCCGUUCACACAAAGCCUGGGCUUUUCUCACCUGAAAGUUACAACUCAGACCUCCAUUUUGCCGUCACUGUCCCAGAAAGAGUUCAACAGGAAGACACUGUCUUCACCAGGCUGACUGACAUAAGAAAUUAAACCAACAUAAAUAGUUAUACAGUAGGCCCGAGGCAAGUAUAUAGGAAUAAAAUCUGCAUUGUUUUUAUGCAUCGAUUCAUUGAUUUUAUUUCCCGGCCCAAUAUAACAUAGUGAAACCAGAAAGCUCACAGUGAAACUAGAGGCCUUGAUCAAUAUCUAUAGUUAAUGAGUUCCCAACAUAUAGACAGUGGGGGGUUUGUGGGAUCUAAACAGCUGUAUGUGGAGAUUCACUUCACUGAGCGGUAACCAGUGCUAGAAUGUAUAUAAGUAUAUUUUCUCUAGUACUUUACUUAAGAACACAUUCAAGGUACUUGACUUGAUACUUGUAUUUUACUUGAGUAUUUCCAUUUUCUGCUACUUCAUUCUUAUACUUCCCUACAUGUCAGAGAUAAAUAUUGUACUUGUACUUCACUAUUUUUGUCUCACAGUUUUAGAUUAUUUUCAGAUGACAGUUUUCCACCCCCUUCCUGUCCAGUGAAAACCACGUAUCUCCACAAAUGUGUUAAUGUUGAAUGUUUGUGAUGAACUAAAGGAUGAAGUGUUCCUUUAUGGGUUGAGAAAAUUCUCCUAGUUCCUAAGCUAAAUAAAGUCUAUAAAAGCCUCUUGGAUCAGCUGGAAAAUGCAUCGUCACAAAGCUGAAAACAGGGCUGAUUUUCUGAAACCAUGGAAACUUAAAACUUUUUAGAGAUACGUGGUUCUCACAGGACGGAGACGCUACAAAUAUAAGAUAAUCUAAUAGAAUAUGAUGCAUAGCUGUAAAUAAACUUCCCAACAGUAUAUGAAGGGGUUAAAAUGAGCACAAACAAACAUUUACAGCAGUAAAAUGCAACAUAGACAUAAAUGCAGCAGGAAUAUUAAUCCAGAAACAUCAGAUUUAUUAGGAACACACUAACAGCAGAAUACUUUGCACAAUACAUAGUUUUAUUUUAAGUACUUUAAGUAUUUUAACUACGUUUGGUGAUAUAUACUUUUAAAUCAGUAAGGGUUGAUGCAAGAAUUUGACUUGUAGAGUAUUUUCAUUGUGGUAUUCUCUAUUUUAUACUUGUUUGGUUGACAGUACAAACAAAAAAUGUGUAAAUGCAAACAACUAAAUUAUAAAAUGGUCUGUAUUGAAACUUAUUAUUGAAACAUUUUCUGUUGUCCUGGCGUUUCAGUGUGGACGGAGAUCUUUAGGGAAACAAAAAUGGACGUUGUUCAUUGAGAGCGUUUUCAGAUUUAGCUGUCUUGUUGGGAUCACAUCCUGUUGGAGGGAACCCUGAUUCAACCAAACCAAAGAUCCUUUCUGUCAUCCAGCAGAGAAGAAGAACUUUUAGACAAAGCAGUCGGACUAACGAACUUUACGUUUUUGGACGAGGAUAUUUAUUGGAGACUUUUUGGGAAUCCUGUCAGGUUUCCCACCAAAGAAAACUCUUUCUUGAAACCGGGACAAAAAAAAGAAAUACCAAAAAAUUCAGACGGAUUGUCUGUAGCUUUACUUCUCGGUUUUUUCUUUUCUUUUUUGCAACAGCGAUGCCAAAGGAGGCCGUGACCAAAGCAAACUGACUGACAAAUGCACAAUGAGCAACAACACAAACGUUCGAGGACGUUCUUCAUCACAAAAUGAACAAAAUAAAAUGACAUGGAGUAUGUAUUGUAAAAAAA